UCUCUCUCUCUCUUUCUGUUUCACGGUCAGUGUCUGGCUGUGUGUUUGUUUAGGAUUGCUUGUGUGAAGAGCACUUGAACGGUACAUGUAGCUAUUGUCCAAUUCACAGCCCAUCUAGGUGGAGAGAACAAGGCUUCGAUAGAAGGACAGAAAGUUUACAGAGGCACUCCAGUAUUAGCCCUUGGGUUCUGCCUAUUAAGAGAGGCUAUAUCAGUAUACCUUACUCUGUCUGGCUCUGGGGUUGAUCUCAUCACCUUCACCCUAAGGUGGUUGGCUCUUUGGCUGGAAAGGGAAGUACUCCACCUAGUUGCACAACAUGGUAUCCAGUGACAUGAUAAAUGCUUCUCUCUCUCCUCGCAUCCCCCCCCCCCCCCCCCCCCCCCCCCCCCCCCUUCUCUCAGGAUGGGAGUCUGUGGUCCUCAGAUGGCCCAGGGUCCUCCAGUGGAAUGAGCGAGGUAAGGGGGUUUAUGGGUAAUCUUGUUUAGCCAUUAACCCCUUAAGAGUUUAGGUCUAUAGGGGUCAUCCCUAAACCCAGGGUCCUAAAAUUCAUCCCAAAUGCCCGGAAAUGAAUGAUGGAUUUGUCCUCUGAUAUAAGAGCAGAGGGGCUAUGAGUGUUUAUUGAUGUUCAUAGCAAAGAGAUGACAACGAUGGUGCUGUAUUGCUUGUAUGGUUGCUCGGCCCCCUGUCAAUAUACCCUCACUCAAUAUACCUUCAAACUCUCUUUUUGUCACUGUGGAUAAAUUAGUGUUCUGAACAAGAGGAUCACAAUGGAAAUAAGUUGUUCAACUUUUUUUUUGUGUUAUCCUCAAUGAUUUUAAAUGCAUUGCAUCCAAAUAUACAAAUUGUCAAUUUCAUAAAAUCAAAUCACAAAAAUGAAUGACCAAAUAUGUGUGUUUGUGCUAACUUUACCUCUCCUCCUCCCUUACAGCAGCAGGUGUACACCCCACGGCCCCCGGACCGCGGCCCCUCCUACCUGCAGAGGGAGCGUCUGGCCCGCUUCCAGCCCACCUACCCCUACCUGCCCCACGCCAUCAUUGACCUGCCGCCCACCAUAUCGCUGUCGGACGGCGAGGAGCCCCCGCCCUACCAGGGCACCUGCACCCUGCAGCUUCGCGACCCCGAGCAGCAGCUGGAGCUUAACAGGGAGUCGGUGCGCGCGCCCCCCAACCGCACCGUCUACGACAGCCACCUCCUCGAUACCUCCCUGUGCCCGCCGCCCAGCCUCAACGCGGGAGUCAGUGCUACCACGGUAGCCACGGCCGCACAGGCCUACUCCAGCCGAGUGGAAGGGGCGCCGCCGACUUAUAGCGAGGUGAUUGGGCACUACUACCACCCCUCUUCCCUGCCCAGGCACCACCACCAGACUUCCAGUGGCGGUGGGGGCACGGGGGGCGGAGGCGGGUUAGGAGGCCCGGGUCCCUCGCUGCUCCACGGGAUACUCCAGCAGGCCCACCUGGGCAGCCUGGAGAGCAGGAACGCACGCAACAAAAAGGAGAAGCAGAAGCCUCGGCAGGUGUGACGACAGUGUUGGUGUCGGCCGUUAUUUCUUUCUCUGCGCACUUCAGCUGAACUGUUGGUGUCAGGCAGGGUUGGGGAGGGGAGGGUGACAUGGGGUGGC